AUGUGGAGUCCGUCUGCCGUCACGUUUGCGAAUGUGAAUUCGGUUGGAUCCAGCCCAUUUGAUAUUUUCGUCAAUACAAACAACACCAUCUAUGUGGCCAAUCAAGCAAACAGCCGCGUUCUUGUGUGGACUCAAGGGAGUACUUGGCCGAUACAGAAUCUCUCGCGUAAUGUGUCGUCUCCAUACAGCCUUUUUGUCACAACUGCUGGCGAGAUUUAUAUUGACAGCGCCAGUUCUACUGGUCGGAUCGAUAGAUGGACGUCGAAUGCAUCAAGUGGUGUUCCGGUACUGUAUCUGUGUUCGAAAUGCUACGAUGUCUUUGUUGAUGCGCACGACAUUAUUUACUGUUCGAUGCAGAGUCGUCAUCAGAUAGUAUCGAAGUCGUUAAAAACAAGCUCGAAUGCAUUCGCAACCGUUGCUGGUUCAGGUUCCGCUGGAUAUGCUGCAAAUAUGCUGAAUCAGCCUUGGGGAAUAUUUGUGGACACCAAUUCUGAUCUAUAUGUAGCAGAUCAAUACAAUCAUCGUAUUCAGCUCUUUCGUUCAGGACAACUUAACGGUAUUACAGUUGCUGGGAAUACAUCGAUCAAUCUUACUAUUCCACUUUCUUACCCGUCUGGAAUUGUUCUUGACUUCGACGGUUACCUCUUUAUCGUCGAUAAAUACAAUCAUCGCAUUGUCGGAUCAGAUUCAAGUGGCUUUCGCUGCGUUGUUGGAUGCACUGGUAGCGCAGGUUCAAACACAGAUCAGUUGUAUUAUCCAACAUCGAUGAGUUUUGACAGUUAUGGAAACAUGUUCAUCACUGAUACUAGUAACAGUCGUAUUCAGAAAUUUAUUCGCUUGAAUAAUAGUCGCGUUCCAUCAUACAACCAACCCAAAUUCUGCCCAGAUGCUUCGUGGUAUCCAAAUGCAACUACAUUUGCUGCUGGAGGAAACAAUAUAAUUGGUUGGUCACCUUUCGGUAUCUUCAUCGGCAUCAACAAUACCAUCUAUGUUGCCGAUCGAGCCAACUAUCGUGUUCAGAUUUGGUCUAAUGGAAGUGAUAUUCCAUCACAAUCCAUCUAUGGUACCAACAUGAACUCAUAUUCACUUUUUGUCACAACCAAUGGUGAUAUUUUCGUUGAUAAUGGAUACUAUAACGGUCGAGUAGAUAAACGAACAACAACAGCAAAUACAAGUGUACCUGUCAUGUAUAUGAGUUCAUCAUGUUAUGGUUUAUUUGUUGAUCUGACUGAUGUUGUGUAUUGUUCAAUAUAUAGUUACCAUAAAGUGGUAAAAAGAUGGAUGAAUGACAAUUCUGCUACUGUGACAGUCGUUGCUGGUACAGGUUAUGCCUCUAGCAAUUCAUAUUACCUCUAUUAUCCUAUGGGAAUAUUUGUGGACGCUAACUUUGAUCUAUAUGUAGCAGAUCAAUACAAUCAUCGUAUUCAGCUCUUUCGGCCAGGGCAGCUUAAUGGCAUUACAGUUGCAGGAAGUACAUCGAUCAAUCUUACUACUCCACUCUUGUACCCGUCUGGAAUUGUCCUUGACUUCGAUGGUUACCUAUUUAUUGUAGACAGCUACAACCAUCGUAUUGUUGGAUCGAGUUCAAAUGGUUUCCGUUGUAUAGCUGGAUGUCAUAGUUUUUUUGUUUCGUUAUCAACUUGGCUGUACUAUCCAAUAUCGAUGAGUUUUGAUAUCUAUGGGAACAUGUUCGUCACUGAUAGCAGUAAUAAUCGUAUUCAGAAGUUUAACUACUUCACGGAGUCAUGUGAAACUACAAGCACUGCAAGCCUGUAUACUGGUAACGAGAACAUUUUCUUCCGCUCACUAAAAAUACAAUUAAUUUUAGGAAAUACAAUGUCAACCACAGUUCAAUCUAAUCUGCUAACAACAAUUACUACACAAUCCACUGUCGUAACAACGCCUCCAGUGCAAACCGUUGCCUCAUAUAAUCGACCGAAGCUAGAUACGCAUACAAUGUGGAGUGCUAAUGCAAUCACUUUUGCUACUAGCAGCACCGUUGGAUUAUCAGCUGAGGGUAUCUUCAUCAGCAUCAACAAUACCAUCUAUGUUGCCGAUCGAGCUAACUAUCGUGUUCAGAUUUGGUCUAAUGGAAGUGAUAUUCCAUCACAAUCCAUCUAUGGUACCAACAUGAACUCAUAUUCACUUUUUGUCACAACCAAUGGUGAUAUUUUCGUUGAUAAUGGAUACUAUAACGGUCGAGUAGAUAAACGAACAACAACAGCAAAUACAAGUGUACCUGUCAUGUAUAUGAGUUCAUCAUGUUAUGGUUUAUUUGUUGAUCUGACUGAUGUUGUGUAUUGUUCAAUAUAUAGUUACCAUAAAGUGGUAAAAAGAUGGAUGAAUGACAAUUCUGCUACUGUGACAGUCGUUGCUGGUACAGGUUAUGCCUCUAGCAAUUCAUAUUACCUCUAUUAUCCUAUGGGAAUAUUUGUGGACGCUAACUUUGAUCUAUAUGUAGCAGAUCAAUACAAUCAUCGUAUUCAGCUCUUUCGGCCAGGGCAGCUUAAUGGCAUUACAGUUGCAGGAAGUACAUCGAUCAAUCUUACUAUCUCACUCGCGUAUCCCACUGGAGUUGUUCUCGAUGCCGAUGGUUACCUAUUUAUCGUAGAUAGCCACAAUCAGCGCAUUGUAGGGUCAGGAUCCAAUGGUUUCCGUUGUGUAGCUGGAUGCUAUAGAUUUUUUGGAUCGUUAUCAACUCGGCUGUACUAUCCAAUAUCGAUGAGCUUUGAUAGUUACGGAAAUAUAUUCGUGACAGAUACCAACUAUCAACGUAUUCAAAAAUUCUAUCUCUUAGAAAACUUUUGUAAUCAAACAUUAACCGCUGGUUACCAAACAACGACUACUUCGACCAUAGUAGCAAGUUCAAAAGUAUGUCUUCCGCCAACAAUCACACUGAUACCAGACACCACGACGAUAUCAUCACCCGUUCGAUUUCGUCGAAGUCAAGAUUUUUCGAUUGUUUCGCGUAUUGAUUUAAACUGUAAUAUCUCAUCGUCAGUGAAUAGUCAAUGGACAAUUAAGAACUGCACCUCUUCAUGUUCACAACAGAUCUCUGCUGGUCCAAACAUCAUCACAACAUUCACUGAACUGUUUGUUCCUGCUCGAACUCUGUCUUAUGGUCUCUACGAAUUCAACCUCACUAUCGCCAUGCUUAAUAUGACGAACGUUUCUGCAUCGUCCGUUGUUUAUGUUCAAAUCAUGCCAUCAGGCAUAACAGCGAACCUAGUUCAGUACGGCACAUCGAUGUUCACACAUGGUACUGGACAAAAUCUUCAGCUAGAUUCUGGAAAUUACUCUAUUGAUGCUGAUGAGGCUAUAUUUGAUGCUUCGAAAUGGAAAUACAAAUACUAUUGCCGAAUCUAUGGUUCAUUCACGUUUCCAAAUCUGCAAGGUUCACUAUUGACAGUGGAUGAUCCGAGAACUGAUUCAUCCAAUCCGUCUUGUUUGUCCAACCGAAAUGGAUGGACAUUUGACAACUCACUCAACUCAUCAUUCACCAUUCUUGCUAACUCACUUCGAUCUAAUCGAACAUAUCAGUUCAUGGUUCAGAUGGAAAAUCGUCGCAAUGCUUCAUUGCAAGCAACUGGCUAUGUUCUUGUGAAAGUGGAUGACACUCGUCCAUUCAUGAUCUUGAUUGGUUGUGUGAUCUGGACAAUGUGUGAGGCGAAUCUCGAGUUUCAGCUUGUGAAUCCAACAACUCAAGUGGCUUUGUUUUCAGUUUGUGCUGGAAACUGUUCAACAGUCCAAAACAUCACAUGGUCUGUUUAUUUCAGUAGCAAUACAAUGAACUCAUCAUCAAACUUCACCCAAUGGUCGUUGUUCAAUCAGACUACUACUUAUGAUAAUAUCUGUUUUUUUGGAAGAAACACGAGUAACUUCACGUCCACAAAUCAGUUGUUUCUGUCAAAUCCACAGAUUGAGCUUUGGCGAUUUGAAGUUGUUUAUAGUUUUGCAACGGAGAAAAGUGUGAGUUCAUUGAACUUUGUUAUCAAUCGACCACCAUCCAAUGGAUCAUGUAUCGUUGAUCCUAUGAAUGGAACGACAACUACUUUGUUCACGGUUUCAUGCAAGGACUUUUUUGACACCGAUGGAAUAAAAGAUUACACUGUCUACAGUUCCGCAAUUAAUUCAACACAGAAAACUAUCGUUGCCUACUCCAAUGCGCCUACAAUACAGUUAUAUCUACCAACUGGUGAUAAUCAAACAUCAUUACUUUACUUAACUGUUCAAGUACGAGAUCAAAUAGAUUGUGUUACAGAGACGAACACUUUAUCAGUUACUGUACUUCCUAAUCUGAUGAUAAUCGAUGAUCUAAUGCUCCACAUUCUAAACUCAUCGAACACUGAUAGUACUAAUGCAAUAAAUCAGAUGCUUGCCAGUAAAAAUCAAAACCUAGUUGUGCAAGUGAUAAGUUCAGUAUCACAGCAACUUAAUGAAAUUAGUAGCGAAAAUAUUAAUGAAGCUAUCUCAAAUGGUAUUCCAGCUGCAAGUAUAUCUGUAUCAUCAUUAGAUAUUCAGAAUCAACAACAGACAUUGUCGACGCCAUCCAAUCAAUCCGCAUUGGAUGAAUUCAGCGCUCGAUUAAACUCUCGUGCAUCAGCUCGUGACUAUCUUGUCACCUUCCUCACGAAUCUCCCUAUAACAACAUCGAAUAGUAUCAAACUGCAAGCAUCAUCAUUGGCACAGUUCACAAAAUCAACCAAUGAAAUGACGCGAACAACUCUCACAAGUGUAUCGAACCGAUGUUAUCAGUUGGGAUUAGCUUUGGAUUCAAUGAAAAUGAACAUUGCCUUUGAAGACGUUCAACUUACUGCACCUAAUCUGCUUCAAUGUGCUGCUAAUAUACUGAACGCCGUAAAUGCACCUUUACAAGCACGAACCACUAUUCUUGACUCAGAUUCAGUCGUAGCUACAGUGUUUCCCGAAGACUAUGAUACCGAUCUAGAGGCGGAGUGGGCUAAUUCACGUAUGUUUGCCGCUGGUGAUGAUGACUCAUUGGAAACAAUACAAACGAAACGCAACCUCUACUAUCAGCAACAACUAGCUCGUCAAAUCAACAUUCAAAUGACUGAACUCAUCUCACUAUUGACUUCAACAUUGAACAUUCAUCUCAACAUUGGACAAGAUCUUCACAUCCAAACAUCACAAGUCAUCAUGACGUUAGAGACCAAAUCUUCGCAAUCACUUGCAAAUCACUUCACAAAAACCAUCGGCAGCGGUCAAGUUCAACUUCCCAAUAAUUUUGCGUCUUAUCUUGGCACAAACGAAAAGAUCUCCAUUCGAUCAAUGAUGGAACCAUUGGCACCAUUCGGCAACUCCAAAUCAACAUCCAACACCAAUCUCUCCCGAUCACUCUCAUUCUCCAUUCUUGAUCAAGAUCAAAACGAAGUUCCAAUCCAAACAAACAACAGUCAACCAAUCGAAAUCAUCAUUCCUCGUGAUCCCAAUCUCAUCAUUCCACCAAUGAUUCGUCAGAAUGUCACAUCACUCAACUCCACUUCUCCUCAUCAACUCCUCUUCCAUUUCCAAUAUGUGAGUUUGUCAUCAUCAUCACUGGCAGUUUCAGUUCAUUGGGAAGUCGAACCAGCGAGUACAAGUCUCGCUUACUUGUUUGUCUAUCGUUUCGAUCAAACACCACAACUCAAUACUUCAAUCAAUCACAUCGAUGGAUGGGCGCUUUUUUGUCCUUCCAAUCUCACAAAUGACAGUGUGUACACUUAUUAUGUCGAUAAUCAACAAACAGCUGGUCAUCAGUCGAUCAUCUUUGGUUUGAGAGAACUCAAUACAACUGAAGUCACUCAACAUUGUUCAAACAUAUCACUUCCUGUUCCUCCCAUCACAGAUCAACCGUUCAACUUCACCGCAGACUAUGCACUCAGAAUAUUCACAUCUGGCUGUUAUUAUCUCGAUGCAAAUCAACAGUGGCAGUCAGAUGGACUCAUCGUUGGCCCGCUGACCAAUCACUAUCAAACACAGUGUUAUUCUACUCAUCUGACAACAUUCGCCGGUGGAUUUACUAUUCUACCUGAAACAGUCGACUGGAGCUAUGUGUUUGCUAAUGCUGAUUUCAUGAAAAACAAAACCAUCUAUUUGACAGUGAUUGUUGUUUGUGUAAUCUAUGUACUUCUGGCCAUUUAUGCACGGUACUACGACAAGAAAGACAUAGAGAAACUAGGUGUUACAAUCUUGCCCGAUAAUAACAAGAACGACAACUAUUUCUAUCAGAUAAUUGUGUUCACUGGCCAACGACGAGAUGCUGGAACGAAAUCGAAUGUUCAUUUCGUGAUUCACGGUGAUGAGAAUGACACUCGCAUUCGAACAUUGGCAGAUCCUCAUCGUCACAUUCUCCAGCGAGGUGGAGUUGAUGGAUUCCUCAUGAGUGUUCCCAACUCGUUGGGAUUGUUGAAUUGUAUUCGCAUUUGGCAUGACAACAGUGGCAAAAGUUCAUCUUCGUCUUGGUUCCUGAAAUAUAUCAUCGUUCGUGAUCUUCAAACAAUGCAAAAGUUUCAUUUCAUCAGUCAACGAUGGUUUGCAGUUGAGAAAGAUGAUGGGAAGAUCGAACGUGUUCUGCAUGUUGCAAGUGACCUGGAAAAGAGUCAGUUCUCAUUCGUUUUGACAAAACGAACUUAUCACAGCGUGUCUGAUGGUCAUCUUUGGUUUUCAAUCUUUUCUCGUCCACCAUCCACUCGAUUCACUCGUGUUCAACGAUGCACAUGUUGUUUUGUUCUGUUGUUUGUUUCGAUGUUUCUCAAUAUCAUGUACUAUGACUUGGCAAACGAGACCAAAUCAACAGAUGGACUGAAUUUAUCGUUCGGACCCAUUCGCAUCGGUCCGCAGCAGAUCAUGAUUGGUGUGAUUGUUGAGGUGUUUGCAUUGAUUCCCAGCUUGUUGCUUGUUCAGCUGUUUCGUCGUGUUCGUCCUCGUGGACAACAACAAUCACCAUUGCGUCAAGCGUUGUACAAAAUAAAAGGCAAUGUUGAAAACAAUGUCAGCGAGCAGAAGCAGCAGCAAAAGAAGAAGGAGAAAAAGAAGAAAACGUUAAUGUUUCCAUGGUGGUUUGUUUUGCUUGGUUAUGGACUAUGUCUAAUCAGUGUGACUGUUUCCAUUCUGUUCAUCAUUGCUCGCGGCAUUGAGUUUGGUGAUGAGAAGACUGAGAAAUGGUUGAUAUCCAUUAUCAGUGGUUUAUUUUCUUCAAUUCUGUUCACUCAACCACUGAGAAUCAUAGCAUUGGCCAUUUUCUUUGUUUGUUUUUGUCGAAGCCCACAUAAUGAUGAAGAAGCAGACGAGUUGUUAAAUGACCACGAUCAAAUCGAUCUACAAGCUGAUGAAGAAUAUCUGCAUGCAUUGCAGAACAAAUCUCUGUUCACUCGCCCAGCAUCUUUUCCUGUUCAUUGUUUGAACGAAGGUGAAAUCGUUCGUUUGCGUAAUGAGCGAUUGAGACAGAUGCAAAUGUGGUCUGUCAUUCAUGAAAUAAUGCUGCGUGCGUGUUUUUUGUCAGUAGUUUAUGUGUUGAUCUAUUCGAGCCGAGAUUCAAAUGCAUUUCAUCAGGUGCAUCAUCUUAGAAGAUAUUUCCUCAAUCCAACACAAGCUGAUCUUGAUUAUACAAAAAUUUCAACUGUUGAUCAGUAUUGGCAUUGGUUGGAAAAGAGUUUUGUCGAUGAUCUUCGUGCUCAGCAGUGGUACAAUGGUGAUCCACCUCGAUAUCUCACUGGUUUCAUUGAUGACAAAGCGAAUCGUUUGAUUGGAUGGGCAACGAUGAGGCAGUUGAGAGUUAGAUCUGCAUUAUGUCAAAUGAAAAAUAGCAUCUCUUCGAUAUGUCAGGGUGACUAUAGUGUGAAGAAUGAAGAUCGAGAAUCGUAUGCACCUGGGUGGUUUAAUCGAUCGUCACAAACGUUUCAUUCAUCAGUUGGAAAAGCAUUUCGAUACACAUUUGGUGAUGAGCUAGACACAUAUGUAUAUGUUGGAGAUUAUGCAAGUUAUGGAAGUGGUGGUUAUGUGUAUGAAUUUCGUGGUCGAUUGAACGAUGUUCAAAGUAAUAUUUCUGCACUUCAUCAACUCGGUUGGAUUGACAAUCAGACUCGAGCUGUGAUCAUUCAGAUGACUUUGUACAAUGCUAACGUUGAGCUGUUCACCGGUGUGACUUUUCUUGCUGAAUUUCUUUCAUCAACUGGAGUGUCGACGAGUGCUCGUUUUGAACCCAUUACUUUCUAUGCAUUCAGAUCAAUUUUUGAGUUAGUCUGCAUAAUUAUAUAUAUGCUGGUGAUCUUGUACUUCAUGUGGAUUGAAGCGAAAUCAUUGUUUGAUCUAAGAUGGAAAUACUUUGUUGGUUUCUGGUGCUAUGCUCAGCUGGGAAUCAUCAUUUGUUCAUGGGCAAGUGUUGUCAUCUACAUCUGGCGAUACAGAGAAAGUCAACGAAUCGGUCAGUUAUUUGACGAAACGAAUGGUUACGUUUAUGUCAAUCUACAACUAGCCAUAUAUGUCAAUGAUGUUCUAACAUAUUUGUUGGGGUUUUGUUGCUUUUUUGGUACAAUUCAAUUGGCUAAAUUAUGUCGACAUAAUUCACGACUUUGUUUGUUCAUUCAUACACUUCAGUAUUCUGCUAAAGAGCUAUUAUCGUUUUCAGUGAUGUUCUCGUUGGUGUUUACAUCAUUUAUGUGUCUCUUUUAUCUCUUAUUCCAGUCGAAACUGCGAGAAUGUGCAAGUCUAUUGGGAACGGCACAGAUGUUAUUCGAAAUGACAUUGAUGAAAUUCAACGCACAGGAGCUGAGUGGAGCAGCGGCAUUUCUUGGUCCCUUUUGCUUUAGUUUAUUCAUAAUAUGCGUGGUAUUCGUGUGUAUCAUUUUACAAAUGUAUGGUGUCUGUUUAGGAUUGAAAAGCGUAUCAGAGGAAGAGAUUCAAGCUGAACGAGAUGCACAAAUGCAUGAAGAGUAUCACGACCCGAUUGAACGCUUUCCAGAAAAGAUCGAUCAAUUAUUAUUCGCUCUGAAUGAAAUCUAUAUGGAUUAA